AAACCGAAUUGUGAUAGUCGAGGCUUAUUUCAACGUUGACUUUACCUCGUGUACAGCUGGGGGGUCAGUGCGACUUGUGCUUUCGAGUCGCGAACCACUUGCUGUCCAACAGGGGAACAAUUCAAAUUUUCCCACAAUUCAGACCAACUCAAUUCUCCAAAGAGUGUCGUUAAACCCCUAGUGCACCUGAUAAGAAGAUUGAUACCUGCACUCAUUGUGCAUUUUUUCUUAAAAUGAGAAACAUUCAACUCACAAUUUCGAGAGGAACUUGUUCGACAGUCAGAGCAAGUCUUCUUGUCCUCCUGUCGCUGGCAAUAGCACACGCAAUACCUGAUUAUUCAGGAUUGCCUCCGGGUCCUUACUGCGCUGGACGAUUUGACACUGGAAGAUGCUGUCCAGGACGACAAGAUGACUGUGGUGCGCCCAUCCUCAGCACCACCUGCUACUGCGAUGAUUUCUGCAACAGAACGAGGGAAGAGGACUGCUGUCCAGAUUACUGGUCGCACUGUAAAUUAAUUACACUCCCCACAGAAGAUCCACUCUUCGGUGGAAACAUAAGACAAUGUUUCCACGAGGGAAAAUACUACAAGCACGGAGAGACGUUCCUAUCCAACUGCAACAUCUGCAAGUGUUCAUCAUUAGGGCAAUUCGCGAAAAUUCGCUGCGACGAAAAGAGGUGCCUGAUGGACACGGACUUGCUGAGGGAGUUGGAGUCUCAGUGGGACAUGUCCUGGACACCAGGAAAUUAUUCCAAGUUCUGGGGACGAACUCUGACCGACGGAAUUGAAUUGAGACUGGGAACGCUGAAUCCAGGGAAAUCCAUGUAUCGAAUGAAUCCAGUGAAAAGACAUUACAACCCCGAUGCACUGCCACGAGAAUUCGACGCGAGAUUGAAAUGGCCGAGGGAUAUAUCCGGUAUAAAGGAGCAGGGAUGGUGUGGAUCCUCCUGGGCCAUCUCCACGGCUCAAGUUGCAUCCGACAGAUUUGCACUGAUGAGCAAAGGAGCCGAGGCAGUCAAUCUCAGUCCCCAGCACCUGAUUUCCUGCAACAACAGAGGACAGCAGGGCUGCAGGGGUGGAUACCUGGACCGUGCCUGGCUCUUCAUGAGAAAAUUCGGUGUAGUCGAUGAAGACUGCUACUCAUGGUCCGGGAUGAACGACAAAUGCAGAAUACGAAAACGAACAGAUCUUCGCGGUGCGGGUUGCAACCGCUCGCCAAAUCCCUUCAGGACGGAAUUGUACAAAGUUGGACCGGCGUAUCGUCUCGGGAACGAGACGGAUAUAAUGCAGGAGAUUCUCAUAUCAGGACCAGUGCAGGCUACCAUGAAAGUCUACCAAGACUUCUUCACCUAUCAACGGGGAAUUUACAAGCACUCGAGAGUCGUUGAGAAUUACCCGACAGGUUAUCAUUCGGUGAGGAUAGUGGGGUGGGGGGAGGAGCUGUACGGAAAUAGUCCACCGACGAAGUAUUGGAUCGCCGCCAACUCCUGGGGCUCAGACUGGGGGGAAAACGGUUUCUUCAAACUCCAAAAGGGGAGAAACGAGUGUGAAAUCGAGUCCUACGUAUUAGGCAUCUGGCCCAAAACAGUCCCAUACAAUUAACGCUAAUACCCCAAAAAUUGAAAUAAAAUGCAUUUAUCGAAUCUCGAUAACUUCACUCGAAUGUUAUUUAAUUAAUCAUUACUGCUUUGUGUGAUGUCACGUGUAUGUACUCCAUGUGUGUAAAUGUAUGAAAUAAUUGUAGUUUAGAUCGUAAAUAUAUUUUGUAUAUCAAUAAAAAUAUCGUUACCUCGUGA